GUUACAUCGCAGUGAAUGUCACGGGUCAAAGGUCAAUGGAUUUGUUGUGAAAAUGAAUGGAAAUGGCAGUGUCGAUUAUUGAUGAGAUUUUGUUAAGUUGCCAUCCAAUCGCUCUAUAAAAUUCUAUGUAUACUUUUUGACUGUAUACCAAUAGUUUACAUCAAUAUAGUUUUAUAUCUGUUGUAAUGAACUAAAUUGGUUUAUUGUUGAACUUAAACUUCACUUAUUGAUCAAUACUAAAGUUUAACUAACCAAAACUCAUUGAAAAAUUAGGGUAAUCAUAAAUUAGAUCAUCACGAGAAGCAGGUGAAGCUACAAACAUUUGUGAAAUAUGGGUAAAGAUUCUGUUUUCAAUUAUGUUUCAACAACAUUUUUAAUAUCGGUGUGAAAUGGAUGUUAUUCGUUGUUUAUACCUAACUGAAUUAUAUGGAUAAAACUGAUUUAUAAAUGAGCCAUCAACAUCAUCGUCCACAUCCAGCCCAGGGUUCACCAGGCAUGUCACUGAUGAUGUCAGAAAUGUCAGAUCCAACAUCCAUUGGGUCACGAUCAGCACAGGCCAUGGCUGCAGCAGCCAUGUCGAUGAGAUCACAACCAAAUGCACAAAUGAAUGACACAAAAGCUAAAACAGUUCUGAAAGAGGCAGUAGAUGCAGUUGUGAAUAGUUUUGCCAAGCACACUCAAGGAUAUGGAAGAGUGAAUGUGGUCGAGGCCCUACAGGAGUUCUGGCAGAUGAAGCAGGAUCGAGGGGCUGACCUGAAGAAUGGCGCCCUGGUUGUAUACGAGUCCCAGCCAUCGAGUGCACCGCCAUAUGUCUGCUUUGUCUCACUGCCUGGGGGGAGCUGCUUUGGGAGCUUCCAGCACUGUCCAACGAAGGCUGAAGCCAGAAGAAGUGCAGCAAAAAUUGCCUUAAUGAAUUCGGUGUUUAAUGAACAUCCCUCGAGGAAAAUCACGGAUGACUUCAUAACGAGGGCUGUCAGGGAUGCCUGUGCCUCAUUUAAGGGUAAUAUGGAGGAGGCUGACAACCCAAACACUGGUAUUGGUGCCUUCCGCUUCAUGCUGGAGUCAAACAAGGGUCGCACGAUGCUCGAGUUCCAGGAACUCAUGACAGUGUUCCAGUUGCUCCACUGGAACGGCAGCCUCAAGGCGAUGCGGGAGAGAAACUGUUCACGGCAGGAGGUGUUGUCACACUAUUCGCACAGGGCACUCGACGACGAUAUGCGCUCCCAGAUGGCGCUGGAUUGGAUUGCACGCGAGCAGGAGAGUCCGGCGAUCAUCGAGCGGGAGUUGGACAUUGCCGAGCGAGAGCUCGAGAGUGCGCGACAGGCGGGCAGAGAGCUGCGGUUCUUCAAGGAGAAGAGAGACAUUCUUGUGUUGGCAUUGAGUCAGAUUGGCCCCAGUGACAGCUUGGCAUAGAUGGUGACGGAGCUGUAAGAAGUGUGAACAUUGUGUAGUACAUCAAUUAUACUGGUAUGUUAUACUGAAUGCGUUAUUCAAACAUGAACAAAUUUUAUAGCUGACAAAGGUAUGCUUAUCUAUUGAUACAUGAUAAAAAUCAUGUGGGUGAAAACACUGGAGGUUUAAUAGAGUAUACCAGGUUAGUGUUCGAAAGAUAUGUGUAUUUAGUGAGGUUUUCAAUCCUGAACAUGCCUUGGCAUGUGUAUUUUUUUCCUGCCAAAGAAAUUACUCCUCUUUAAAAGCAACUUCAAUUUUUGUCAAAUGAUUACAUCAUUUUAUGAUAAAAACUGAAUGACAGUGACAAUAUAUAAUGAUAUUCUAAUAAAAGACAAAAUGAAGUUUUUACAGUGAAUAAAAAUGUGCAUGUUUUGUGACUUCAACAAUUAAUUAGUUUAUCCCACUGGGUGAUAUUCAUCUAUGAAGAUUUGAGGAUGGAAUAACAUUUGAAGCCUCUGUUUCUGUAUAAAAUAAAAUAUUUUCAUUUAUAUAUAAUCCUCAUUCAAUAAUAGCAGCAUCAAUCAUUAUUGAAAAAGUGUGUUGCGUUUAAAUGGUAGAAUGCUGUAAAAUUGCAGGAAAUGAUUGCUAACUCCCAGUCUGCUUAUCUACCUGUAAUUACAAUACUUCAAAGUGUUCAAACUACUGUCGUUGUAAUCUGUUGUAUGUAUUGUCAGCCUUACCUAGGCAUCAACAUGUGUUAUACAAUAUAGAUGUGAAUUCACUGGUUGUUCUCAAUGUGCUGUUUUUGUACAAUACUUAUGAAAAAAGAAGACUACAUAUUAAAUGUUACCUGUUAUGUAUAUAUAUUUUAUACCAUGUAUUUACUUUGCGCUUAAUAUUACAUUUGCAAUAGAUAUUUGUAUUCCUCACUUUGUCAAAUGUAUGUUAUUUGUUGCCUUGUGAUUUUUUAAAAAGUUAAUUGCAAUUAACAAGGAGACAUGUUGUGCGUUUUUAAGUGUUGUGAUAUGUUUUUUCCUUUAGAGUAUAAACCUUCAAAUACUUGUUUUGUUUAAUUUCAGAGAACAAACACUUAUAAUAAGUUAUUGUUUAUAAUGUCUUAAAAUAUCUAUGCAGUGAAACUGUUCAGCACACGGUUUGACUGAUUUCAAUGAAGAUAAUAUAAUAUUUAAAGAAUGUAGCAAGGCGACUUGGAUGUAUUGCAAACGGCACAAAUAAUUUAACACAAACUUUUAUAUAUAAGACUUUCUAUAAAGAAAUGUACUAUGGAAGUUUUCUGUUGUCAUGAAUAUGUGGUCCGGUGUAAUCAAAUUCAUUUCUAUGUUUCUUGUUGUUAUAAAUAACUGCAGUACAUACAUAUGAUUGUUGUCAACCCCUCUGUAUAUUCUCCCAAAGUAUAAAUAUACCUUUUGCAUUUAGUUUUAUGAUGUUGUCAGUGUACUUUACAUGGGUUGUAAGUUUUUAUUUCUUUUCAUCAUAUCUUAACCAUUUAUACUGCUUAUACCGGUACAAUAUAUAUUUGUUUGUACAUUUCAUAUCAUUGGUACUGCUACAUGUAUGCAUGUAUCAAUACAAUAGAUUCUGAAAGUUUUGCAAAAUUUAAGACACAUAUUCAACAUGUUGAUUACCGUAAUUACUUUAAGUUUUUGGACACGAAGUUUUCUGAAUCCUUUUUUUGGCCAAAAUAUAUAUUUUUCGUGACUCUUAAUUUUCGGACAUGCCUGUUUUCGUCUAUCAUUAAUGACUCUAAAUUUUCUGACAGUAUAUUUUGCCAGAUUUCGGCACUGUAUUCGCUUGUGACACUUUGAUUAUUGGGUUUUACAAACGGAUUUAGGUAAAUAAACCAGCUAGACGCAUGCCUGAGGGCAAUGGGCCAUAACAUUUGUGUAAUUGGGUAUAUAAUCAUGUAUACAUGUAAUUGAAGAAAACAAUAGCUUUACCCAAGAGCAUUUUAAAUGAAAUCUUCCUCUUAAGGAAGCAGUUAAUGUUCAAUGUUUUAACUUUUUUGUUCUGUAUCAUUAAAGGCAAGAGUAAGCAAAGCUGUGAAUUUGUUUUUAUUUUAGAGUAGAAACACUGUUGUGCAUUGAUUUAUUGCUUUUAUUUCAAUAUAGUUAUAUUUUUUGGACAUUUAAUUUUUGUCUCUAAAUUUUUCGGACACCAGAAUUUUGUUAAUAUUUUUCAUAUCUAAAUUUUUGGACACGAAAAAAAUGUAUUAUUUUUAAGUGUCCGAAACGGUAAUUACGGUAGUUAAUUAUUACUGAAAACUCAUUAUUUGACUACCAAGUUAAUUAGUGAAUUAUUAAAAAACAGAAAACUCUUGAAGCAAAUAAAUGAAAGUAUUUAAAAGUAUACUUACACUGUGGAAACACUAUGAAAUCCAUACUAGCUGCAUUGAGAAGAACUAAGUAGUUUGUCAUAUACUUGUGUUGUUUUAGCAUAUUGUAAGUAUGCAUUCAUGUCUUUCUGUAAAUCUUUCUCAUUUAACCCUUUCAAGGAAGCAGAGGGUGUAUUGAUUUGCACAUGCCAGUCGGUCUGUCCGUCAGUCAGACGAUGUGUCAGUCCAAAGCCCCUUGUUUCCACACGAUAUCUAGAGAACACUUUACCCUUCAACAUUCAAAGUGUUAUCAUGGUUACUUGUAAGGAAUGAGAAGAAGCAUAUUUGUGGUCAACUGCUCAAAGGUUGAUUGAAGAAUCAAUGUUUCAUUACUGAUGCAGAGCUAUUAAGAAAUCCAUUUUCUUUGUUAUCAAUAAUUGGUAGUCAGUGAAAAACAAAUUUCGACCAAGAUUUCAAGAAAUCAAGAACAAGCGAAUUGUUCACAGCUUAAUGAUUCAACUAGAAUAUGGAUAUUUGCUUGUUUAAAGACAAGGGAAAGGAAAAGUUCCAGAAUAUUGUGAUGAUUAAAUAAAGGAAAUAAAAUAAACUUUUUUUUGCUGAAGCUGGAAAGUUAACAAUUGUUGUCAUCAACAAGCAGAUCUAAAAUAUUGAAAUACACACGUAUUCACUGCAUAUUUGUUUUAUGUUAAUAGUAAUAAAUGAAUGUUUAAAUAUUAUUGGGCACUUUGGAUGUUGGGAAGAUGCCAACUGUAUUACUUUUGAUUACUGCAAGUCAAAUGUCAAGGUCACAGGGCAUUGUAAUAGGAAAUCUGUUUUUUCACUACCGGGUAUAUCUUGAAAACACUUUUACCUUCAUUCAUACAAAUAGGGAUACUGGUUGCUUGGGAUGAAAGGAAGAUGCCUAUUGAGUUUGAGGUCAAAGGUGAAGGGCACAGGAGCUGAUAUUAUUGAACUGGUUUUAGCAUAUGUAGAAAAUGCUUUAGGGUAUUAUCAUCUUGAUUUCUAGUAUACUGGUCACAGGGGCCUUUAACAUGAAAAACAAGUGCACAUACAAUUUUGUUCCAAUUUACUAUAGUAUAAUAUAGUUUUGGAAACACAUGUUUGCAAACUUCACCUGUUUACUACAUUCUGUAUUCUUCACAUUUUAAAUACUUACAGUUUGUAUUAUUUUCUGUCCAGUAUUUUGAUUGAGCACUUUGUGCAGAAAUAUAUAGCUAUUUUAACAACAGUAAAAAAAAAUCACAAUAAGUUUGAAGAAUAUUUUUUUAAUUAUUAUUAUGCAUUUUAUUGUAUAACUAUUAUCAACAUUUCUAAGCAUAAUAAAGAAUAAAUACAAGUA